AUGGAUUUGUAUUGGAGAAGCAUGUUGAUGUUAAAAAAAGGUACAUUCACGGAUUUUUCAUAUUUAUUAAAUGGAUUGGUUAUUAUUGAUAAGGCAAAUUCAUGCCAACAACCAGAUUGUUCAUUAAAGAUGUAUCAACAAGUGGCAAUUUUAAAGUUAGUUGUAUUUCAGCAUAUUAUUAGUACAGUCGAUCAAAUAUCAAUUAUUUCAUUUGGAUCACAACAAUUAACUGUAGGUGAUUUUAACAAAUACAAUACUUUAUCACAUAAUGGUACACCAAUAACUGGAACCUUGCAUAAUAAUCAUAAUUUUAAUAAUAUUCAAAAUAAUUCAAUCUAUAUGAUUACCCUAGCUCCUGGAAUACAAUAA